GAGGCGGGGGCAGCGGCCGCGCGCAGGCGCUGCCAUCGGCCGGAGGCGAGCAGGAGUGGUGCUGUGCCCCUCCAGCCUUUGACCACAUAGUGCGUGCAAGUUCUUCCUGUGGGUUCUGUGUGUGAGCUGCAGAGAAACAGAAUGUGAGGUAAAGCUUGUUGAGGGCGUUCAGAGGAAAGGGGUCAGAACAGGGCACGUGCGCUGAACAUGGAGGAAGAUGAAGAGGAAGACUACAUGUCUGAUUUAUUUAUUAAACAGGAUGUAAGGCCAGGCUUGCCCAUGGUGAGGCGGGUGAAGGAAGCUAUUCAGAAAGAAGAGAAGCAAAAGGAAGCCAAUGAGAAGAACAGACAAAAGAGUAUAAAAGAAGAAGAAAAAGAGAGACGGGACUUGGUAUUGAAAAGUGCAUUGGGCACUGAGAACAAAGGCUUUGCUUUGCUCCAGAAGAUGGGCUACAAGAGCGGCCAGGCCCUUGGCAAGAGUGGAGAAGGCAUUGUUGAACCUAUUCCUCUGAACAUUAAAACAGGCAGAAGUGGGCUUGGUCAUGAGGAAUUAAAAAAGCGAAAAGCUGAAGAAAAACUGGAAAACUAUAGACAAAAACUCCAUAUGCAAAAACAAGCAAAUGAACAAGCUGCAGAUCAGUUCAGAAUAAGAUUCAAAAACAAACAAGAAGAACGGAAGAUGGAAGGGGACCUUCGAAAAAGCCAGAGGGCCUGCCAGCAGUUAGAUAUGCAAAAAGAUAUUGAUGUUCCCAAGGAGACUUGGUAUUGGCUGACACCUGAAGAGGAAGACAAAAAGGAUGAGGAAGAUGAGGAAGAUGAAUGCACAAGCUCAGACUUGAGUGUAUCAGAAAAGCUACACAUCCUGACUGCCUAUCUGAGAGAAGAACACUUCUAUUGCAUUUGGUGUGGAACAACCUAUGAAGACUCUGAAGAUUUAUCUUCAAACUGCCCUGGAGACAGUGCUGCAGAUCAUGACUAAAGCCUUUCUAAAGGAAGGAGUCCUAAGUAAGUAAAAAUCACAAAAGAUUGCUCGCAGAAGUACCCUGUCCUGGUUUGUAGCUAAUGGACGCGAAUGGUGAUGUCAUCCUUUUGGCUACAAGUUCCACUUUGGCAGAAUGGAAAAUACACAUCUUAAGUGUUGCUGUUGCUUCUGACAUUUAUUGUUAAUUCGUCAACUUCGACAGACAUCAAAUGCUGGAUUUAUAUGCAGAAUCUGAAAAACUUGUAAAAGGAGUUUUAAGUGAGU